CUCAGGCGAAAUUUGUUGUUUGCAGACUGACGUGCAUAGAUUUAACAUAUUGUAGACAGUUUGUCAAACGGUCAGCAGAUAAAAUAAUUUCGACAGGCAAUAUAUAGGUAUAGAAGUUCCCCCGGGCACCUGUCACAUCGAGAGAAAAAGCGGAAAUCUUUCUUUGAAAAAAAAGAUACUUAGUUUAUCCCACCCUGCAUUUACUUGUGACUCUACCGAUUUAAACCCAGAAUGGACUUUGUCUCUUUAAUUGUCGUGUUCAAUUUAUUUGGUGCCGUCAAAGGAUUCAGCUAUGGUGCCCCGGAGGAUUUUUGUCAGUAUGAAAAUUUACAAACAAGAAAUGUAGAAAUGAUACCCGGUCACAGGGGAGUGGAGGCCAGAAACGCCAUAGAACCUGCCGGGUACAGGAUCAUAGUCGGUCCGGAAGACAGUACCGGAAACAGAAAGGUAACACUGAAGGCAGACCCUGGAGAUUACUUCCGCGGUUUCUUCAUUCAAGCCACCCGAGCUAACUUUGCCCUGGACCGAGGAGACCGGCCCGCCUAUGGUACCUUCCGUCCAGCUGAUACCAACUCUCAACCCAGGAGAUGUCGAUCAGCAGUCGGCAAAGUCGGAGGCAUAACUCACACCGGAAACAACAAUAAAACAGAAAUCUCUUUCGACUGGGAACCUCCAAGAGGCUGCAAUCUGGGAGACAUUCAGUUUGUUGCCACUGUUGUGAGGGCUUACAGUGAAUAUUGGGUUGAUGUAAGAUCUGACGUCAUUUCACCUUCCGGUUUCGUCGGUGAUCGAGGACUUCUGUGCCAACUCUACGUUAAUCCAUACAGCAAAAUUUUGCAGAGACGUGUACUUAGUGCUCUGAGAAACAUUCAAAACAUGCAGCAGAGAGGAGGUCGUGGAGUGAACAGGGCCACAGCUCAAGGCUGAACUUAAAAUAAAGAUUCCAAUAUAUAAAACCAAGUGAACCGACUCUACUUCCUUACUUCAAGCAUUUACUUGCUACGUGUUCGAUGCGAUUUCAUCGGUUAAUCUCUGUUGGUUCAUUUGCUGUAAACAAUUUUGAGGGGUAAUAAAUAUGACCAAAAAUAUUUCAGUUCAUAUCAGUUCUCAUUUCGAUUUUGAAGAAGGAGAGAUGAUUUUCCUCUUGAAAUAUGUAAACCCCAAUGGCAUUACCUCAAACAUAUUUUUUGUUUUAAAUAAUUUGAUGCUUUUUUAAAAAAAUCAUUUUUCAUUUGUGUUUUUGUUUUUCAUUUUUAGCAUUGUAAAGUGUGCGAAUGUUGGUUUUUCAAUAAAGUUGUGUCGUAGAA